UGGGGUUGGGGGAGGAGGGAGAGCGGGAUGGGGAGUUGGCAAGGGGGAAGGGGUUGGAACAGACGGGGUCGGUGUCGGAGAGGGGAAGGAGAGCGGCUGAGAGACGGUCGAAGAGGAGGAAAACUAUGGGGGAUGUGCCUGUGCCGACGCUGGAGAGGAGGACGUCGAGUUUCCACACCCAGACUUUGACGCAGUUUUUGGGGAAGGAACGGGGGGAUGAUCAUGGGCUGAGGGUAGAGGACGAGGAUGAGGAGCGCGAGGGAGGCAAUGAUAAAGUCUCGCUCCCGGGAGGCUCGAUAACCCCUACGAAACAGCACGCGCCGAUCAAGGGCGGGAAAGCCAAGGCACCUGCCUCGACUGGCCCGCACACACCCAGCAACAAGCGCAUCAAGGUCAACAUUGACGAGGUCCCCUCCUCGCAGCCGACACCGUUCACCCCGUUGCUGGGUCAUUACAGUCCUAUUCCGUUGUCAACAAGGUCGCCGCUUGCCCAGAAAUCGACGAACCUGGAUGCCCCGCCGCCCACUGUCGAGACAGUCUCGAAAUUGCCGCGGAAUCUGGUCAUCCAAGACAGCUACAGCACGGGCAGCAGCGACGGCCUUCCGUCAUCCUCCGUGGCGGGCGAGUCACCGAAAAAGGAGGGGGACUCUUUGAGAAGAGAGCCGUUGGCUGAAAUACCGCUUGCGAGUUUGGAGCUUGGCGGAACCCCUGCGGACGGCGAAACACCGAACACAGCGAGGAAGCGGUUGUUUUUUGAGAUUCCGGACUCGGACGAUGAUCUGGAAAGCAUUGGGUCGACUCCAUUCAAGACGCGGUCAACGCAGCAGACGCCCUUGAGGAAGGUUAUGAGCGCUGCGGUCAACUUUGCCGUACCGGCUGAUCUGGGAUCGAGUCAACGUCCGCCAGGUGCUGCAGUGGCCAACACGCCCUCAGGCAGCUCUAACAAGGAAAAUAGCUCGCCAGCGAUUCAAGUCUGGGAGGAUGAUGGCGAGUCUACUGCGAGUGAGGGUGAGGAGCCUGGCACGCCAACUCCGACCUUGGGAAGGACGAGGCCGCGGACUGUGAGGAGUUCAGCCAACGCGACUCAAGUCAGUCCCAACACUGCCUCUCAGUUUUGGACCGCGUCGUCACAAAAUACCGACCAUAAGGGGAAGCAUACGGGCAAGUCGGACAAGACGGCGAUCCAGUCUUCCACCCAACUGGUGGCGACUGAGCAGCCAGCUGUCGGCGCAGACGAAGCGCCAAGUACACCAACCCCAGCUCCGCGGGAGCUUACAUCUCAACGCCUCGCAAAGACUGCCGGUGGAGAAGGAAUCGUCAAACCCGCCCUCCACGGUGAGGAUGCGGGGGAGUUGACAGCCAGCGAGAAUGAGGCGGAGUACGUGCCUACUUCCAUCCUUCGGAAGCCGAGUUCUCAGAAGGCCUCUCACAGCGAGGAGAAGGGCCGUUCUACGCCCGAACUGCCUGGAUUGGAAGACUCAACCAGCGAAGGCCCCGUCACGCCGACACCGGCCGUCCGGAGAGUCCACAUUGAACUGCCCCCGCCAUCCACGACCGACGAGAUUUGCAAAGAGACUCCGAGAAAACCCCACAAGAAAUCAUCGCCGAUCUAUCAACGGCACACCCAAGCCAGAUCCCAAUACUAUAGUCAAGGAUUCGAGAGCCAGCGGGUCCCGCUGGAAGUAAUUCACUCCCUGGGGCCGCAAACAGAUCGUUCAGACAUUCUCAUCUGGGUACAGCCUGAAAUCGUCGACCAGAUUGUCCAGGGAAUACGAGAUCACGAGUUUCGCAACUACAAAUUUCCCGUGCAGGUCUCGCGCUGCUGGAUUUAUACCACUCUUCCGGUGGGCGAGGUCAAGUACAUGGCGACAAUAGGACCUGCCCAAGAGCCAGGUCAGAUCGACAGCGGCAGCGGUCUCGGAAACGCCGAGUUCAACGCGGGCAUGACGGGCUUCACCUUCGCAUACAAGCUGCUGCAGGUGUAUCAGCUUAACAACCCGGUGCGACUGAGGGACAUGCCUAACUACGGCCUGGGGAUCGGGCUGCCGGAGAAAUACAGAUACAUUCCACCGGCCGUUGUGGGACAGCUGUUGGCGAAUCUGCGAUGUGCCUUGUUCGCGGACGAGGAUGAGCAGGACGAGGAGGCCGAAGAGAACGAGGAGGCCGGCGGCGGUGUGACGAUCUCACAGGAGGUGGAGGAGCAGCUCCGCAGCGACAUUUUACACUCGACACAGUUGUUGUCGAGUGUGGCGCGUCGCCGCGAAGAGGAGGAAGACGUGAUUCCGGCCAGCCAGAGUCCGUUGAAGCACCGCUCCACUGCGGCCGCUGCCCGCACAACGGAAGACAAAACCUCCGGCCCGGCCAGCCAACGACUGCGGCAUCACAACCAGCAGCAAAGCCGGAACUCUCGGUCGCCGCCCCCGCCGCACCGCGCCCCAGCGGCCGCCAGCACGAGGCGAACACCAAGCAUCGUCCGCCCGUCCCAGGCAACAACGGCCUCGGACAUCUCGGCCCCUCCCAGCUCCGCCGUGUCGUCCCCCGCUGGUCAGUCGUCAUCCGCGGCAGCGUCGGUCCCGCGGCCGCCGAUGCCCGAGUCGAGCGAGCCGUCGCUGCCGGAGCUGCGGGAUCUGGGAGAGUCGGAGAGCCUGCUGCCGCCGCUGCCGCCGGCGGGCUCGUCGUCGCAGGCGGCGCUGUUGCCGCCUGAUAGUCUGCUGGUGGACGACGUGAGGAUGGCGCCGCCGCCUGUUGUUGUUUCGGACUCGGAAGAUGACGGCGGUGAGGAUGGGGAGGGGAGGUAUUGAUUUUGGGGUUCCAGGGUGGUAGUUAUGGGAGAUGCUACGGAUGGUGUACACUACAGAACUACGGAGGGUUUGGCGUUCUUGUUUUGGGAGGUGGGCUUAAACAAAGGCUUGGCUGGACCUGCAUUUCCUUCUUUGCUUUGUGAAGAAGGAGAGAGCACUGGGUGAGGGAAAUCGGAGAGAACUGGUGUUGAGCUAUGGAGUGAGGUUCGGGUAGCUGGAUGGCUGAUUAUAGUGUAGAACGAACUGCAAGACCAGGUGACAGUCGUUGGUUUGAGCGAGUUCCCUGUGGGAUGUGUUUCAGAUGGAAGCACAAAGCUGACAGUUACAAUCAUAGUUACAAGUGACUCGAAAUCCUUGUUUGAACAUGCUCUUGGC